AUGCGCCAUUAUCAACUGGAAGGGUUGAAUUGGUUGAUUUCACUUUACGAAAAUAAUGUAAAUGGAAUCCUGGCUGAUGAAAUGGGCCUCGGUAAAACUCUGCAAACAUUGGCUUUUAUCGGCUAUUUGAAGAUGAUCUGCAAUACCGACGAGCCAAUUCUGAUUGUGGCGCCUAAAAGUACCAUUAUCAAUUGGUUGCAAGAGUCCAAUAAGUGGAUUCCCGAUCUCAAAACUUUGGUGCUUCAUGGAGACAAGUCAGAGAGGGCAAAUAUCAUCAAGUCAAUCAAGUCGGACACUUCAAAAGACGGAGUGGCUCCCUUUGAUGUUCUAAUAACUUCUUAUGAGAUUGGAAUGAUUGAAAGAUCUUUUAUAAAAAAGAUUAAAUGGGUUUAUCUGGUGAUCGAUGAAGCUCAUAGAAUAAAAAACGAACAAAGUCUUCUGUCGCAAAUUGUCCGUCUGAUUCCGACAAAUUAUCGAUUAUUGAUCACAGGAACUCCGCUUCAAAAUAACCUGCAUGAGCUUUGGGCUCUUUUGAACUUUCUAAUGCCCGAGCUCUUUUCGUCUUCAGAAGAGUUUGAUGAGUGGUUUCUUCAGCUAUCGUCAUCCAAAACUGCCAAACAAGACAAUUCCUCCUCCGAUAACAUAAUAGAUCAGUUGAGGAUGCUUUUGAAGCCCUGUUUGCUUCGUCGGCUCAAAUUGGACGUUGAAAAGGGACUUCCGCCAAAAAAGGAAAUCUGUCUUUUUGUUCCGCCCAGCCCGAUGCAAAAACUAUGGUAUCAAAAGAUUUUGGAGAAAGACAUCGAGUCACUGAUCUUGCCAAAGCAUCCUGGAUUGGGAAAACUUCCAGCGACAACCCGGCUAAUGAAUAUUGUGAUGCAGCUCAGGAAAUGCUGCAACCAUCCGUAUUUGUUUGAUGGAGCCGAGCCAGGGCCUCCAUAUGCAGCAGGAUUCCAUUUGAUUGAAAACUCUGGGAAAAUGAUCGCUUUACACAAGCUGCUCGUUCGCUGCAAAGAAAACGGCUCGCGCGUUUUGAUUUUCAGCCAAAUGAGUCGCAUGCUUGAUAUUAUUGAGGAUUUUUGCGACGCGCAUUUCUUGCUGCUAGAUUAUUGUCGAAUUGAUGGACAAACCGAUUCAGAUGUCAGAGUUCGGUAUGUGGAGGAGUACAAUGCCCCAAACAGCUCAAAGUUUAUAUUUCUAUUAACUACACGUGCAGGCGGGCUUGGGAUCAAUUUAUACACCGCAGAUGUGGUUGUUAUCUACGAUAGCGAUUGGAAUCCCCAAGCCGAUUUGCAAGCUCAAGAUAGAGCACACCGAAUUGGACAAAAAAAGCCUGUCAAGGUUUUUAGGUUGUUAACGGAGAACUCGAUUGAGGAGCGUAUUCUUGACAAAAGCUUGAGGAAGCUUCGCCUGGACCAGUUGGUUAUCCAACGGGGACAUCAUGUCGUGGAUUCGCAACCCUCUAGUGUCGAGCUCAUUAAUAUGAUAAAGUCCGGGGCUUCCGACUUGCUAGAUGACGAUAGUCUUCAUUCCAUGUUAGGAUUGUGGAGGGAUGUUUCUAUUGAGUCCCUGAUCGAGCAAGGGGAAACAAAGACAAGGGAAAUCUUCCAGCGAUACCAAAGCAUCGGUAUUGAGGAUCUACACACCUUUUCUGUUGAAUCGGGUUCAAGCGCCCCCGACCUGAAAAACGGAGAUGAUCCUCUGAGGCUUGAAUCAUCGCUCACAAGACCCGGUGUCGAUUUGUCUGGCAAAAGAGGAAGGCGCUCUAUGUUUUCCACGGAGGAUCCGGAAUAUCGAGAAGCAUUGGGACUUCCGGUGGUCAAGCAGCCCAUCACCAAACCGCAGAGGCAAGCGAAAGGCCUAAGAAUGUACCAAUUGGCAUCCGCAAACUCAUCUAAUAGAUCGCCAUUUCAGCUUCACCCUUUGAGAUUGUUUUCGCUUCUCGAAAAGGAAUCCAAUUGGAAUCGCCGCAAUUCUGAUUUUGUUAUCCCAAUACAUUUAAGCGAGUCUGAAUCUUCCAGAAUCGACCGUGAAAAAAAGCAAGACCUGAUCCGAGCAGGUAUGUCGCUUUGUGUAACGUCGUUAGCACAGCCUCUAAGCGAGUCCGAAAUCAACGAAAGAGAUCUAUUGUUUGGCCAAGGAUUUAUUGAUUGGUCUCGAAAGGAAUUCAUUGCCUUUUCAAAAGCCUCUGAAAAGCACGGCCGUCAUGCGUAUGAGAAAAUUUCCACCGAUAUCGGAACCAAGGAUGUGGCGGAGGUUAAAAGAUAUUCGGAAGCGUUUUGGUCCAUGUAUCCUGCCUAUCCUGCCCACAACAUUGAGAGAGGUGAAGAGAAGCUGCAAAAAUCGCGAGAGCUUUACAACCAGAUCUGUUGCUAUGUGAAAUACUCGAAAAAUCUUCCUGAUUCUGGGUUUCCGAAAAGCAAAUUUUGGACCCCUUCUGACGACAACUAUCUUGUAGGUGUUUUUCAUUAA